AUGGUUGCACCGGCCACAAUGCCUCUUGUCAAAACUCAGGUCCACGCACUGCCCUCUGCAACACGACUGCGUGUACUUGCACUUCUUCUUGCAUGCACCACAGUUGUGCUUGUUUACGGACAAAUCCACGCACUUGUUGUUGCAGCAGGUGAAGUUCCUAUGGCCCGGCAGCACGUUGGAGCAUGUGUCAUAGUCCUUGUUGCACUGGGAAGCUGCUUUAAGGCUUCUUGCUACCAGAUCCUUUUCAGCAAGGAAGCGACUCACCCUCUCAGCAACUUGUUUUCGUCGUCAGCCGACGGUUGCUCUUUCCAUGAGUCGGUGAAAGGGGAUUUGCCUUCUUCUUCUUGA